GAUAAUGAGGACAAAUGGUAUGGAAAUAUACGGCUGGGAGUUCCACGGUUCAAGAUCGAGCAAAAAUUGGACGCGAAAGCGACCCUCGAAAAGAUGGGACUUGGGGAACUUUUCGACCAGGAAGCGUUCCAGGUGCUUGCGACGAGGUUGUCCAAACUGGGACAGGUCAAACAGUCGGCUUUUAUCAAGGUGGACGAGAAGGGGACGCAAGCUGCGGCAGCUGCUGCAAUUCAAUCAUACCUGAUAUCUGGAUCGUGGGAUGUCGACGUAGAUCGGCCAUUUAUGUACAUCGUUCGCAAGGAAUCGACGAAGGAUAUUCUGUUCAUUGGGCACUACUCCAAUUACGAGGGAUAAAUCAAGAUUCGUUCGUCUAGCCUACUUUGACCUCAAUCUAGUGAUAGUGAUAUUACACGUUGAAUAAAACUACUUCAGUUUGAUCAUAAGAUUUUAGAAA